AUGGCCCCAAUGACCAGACGGCGGGCUCAUGACGACUACGUAGCAAGUGAUCUCAUGGUCGACUACUACGCUCAAAGGGCUUCGGUACCAGGAACAUUUCUGAUCUCCGAAGCUAUAGCAACAUCUACCCGCGCAAGUGUCUGGCAGAAUACGUCCGGUAUCUACAACAAGGAACAGAGGAGAAAGUGGAAACCCGUGGUCGAAGCUGUGCAUGCCAAGGGUUCAUACAUUUUCGCGCAGCUGUGGAUAACAGGACGUGCAGCAAGACCCCUAGCUGUGGCUGCGGGCGCAGAAGUGAUCUCGAGCAGCGACAUCCCAUGGAAUCCGGAAUCCGCAGUGCCACGUCCUCUCCGGGAAGACGAAAUUUGGGCAUGUAUCGACGACUUUCGUCAAGCAGCUAUCAAUGCUGUCGCCGUCGGCUUCGAUGGAGUUGAAAUUCAUGGCGCGAAUGGCUACUUGGUCGAUCAGUUCACCCAAGACACAUGUAACAAGCGAACCGAUGGCUGGGGAGGUAGCAUCGAGAAGAGAGCCAGGUUUGGAAUCGAGGUCAGCAAAGCAGUCACGGAAGCUAUAGGUGCUGACAAGGUUGGCUUUCGAAUCAGCCCGUGGUGUAAGCAUCAUGGAAUGGGUAUGGAGGACCCUGUACCACAGUUCACCUAUCUCUUGCAAGAGCUACAGAAACUCAGAUUGGCCUACUUGCAUAUCAUCGAGGCCAGAGUGGCAGGAAACGCAGAUACCGAUCUUCGGGAAUGUAUCGAUGUGUUUGUCGAUGCAUGGAACAAUACCAGUCCGGUCAUUGUGGCAGGAGGUUACACAGCCGAAAGUGCGCAACAGGCUGUUGAUGGCAAAUACCGAGACAAAGAUGUCUUGGUUGCCUUUGGUCGACAAUUUAUAUCGAAUCCGGAUCUGCCGUUCCGUGUGAAGAAAGGGAUCCCAUUUACGAAAUACAACCGGGAUACGUUCUACGAAGUGCUCUCACCAAAAGGAUACACAGACUAUAAGUUCAGUCCAGAUUUUCAACAACUGCUCGGAUAG